UGCGAGCUGACCUUGGCACGUUGGCGAUAUCGACAGCAAGGCCGAGGCUUUCGACGGUCCCCACGAUGCCACGCUCUCUCAAACCUCUUGGAGCCGCUUCUUGUGCCGACGAUAUUGAAGAGUUGCCUGCGGCGUUCGUGCGGGACUACCGGCAACACCAAGCCGUGACGUAUCAUGCCUUCACCGCGGAAGAGGUGACAAUGGUCCGGCAAGGCCUUUUGUCGUGGUAUGACGAAAACCGCCGCAGGCUGCCCUGGCGGGGUGAUCCUCCCCCCUGGACAAGAACAUCAACGCCAGCAGCAUCUGCAGCACCAGGUGCCGCGACAAGCCGCAAGGGCAAGACAUCUAAAGCCGCCAAGGAGAACGCUGCACAGCCCCGCCUCACGGCCUUCUUUGGCAGCAAGCCAAAACAACAACAGCAGGGACAACAUCCAACGGAGGUUGCUGCUCUCAGGAAAGGCAGCAACGGCAGCGGCGGAGGGGCAAAAAAGAUGAGGAGCACGGGAAUUACAACGGAAUCCGAGCUGGGCCUGAAGCAGCAGCGGCAGCAAGAGGGAAACGACGUCCUGUCGCUAGCAGUAGAAGAGGAACAACCAAGCCUGCUGAAGAGAAUACCGACAAGUGCGUACGGGACUUGGGUGUCCGAAGUGAUGUUGCAGCAGACGAGGGUGGAGACGGUGAUCGACUACUACGUCAAGUGGAUGACGCUAUUCCCGACACCGAACGAUCUUGCAGCGGCCAGCCUAGAACAGGUAAAUGAGGCGUGGGCAGGACUGGGGUACUAUCGUCGAGCCAAGAUGCUCCACGAGGGCGCGAAGAAGGUCGUGUCGGACCACAGCGGCUGUCUCCCGGGCAUGGCAAAAGAACUGAAAGAUCUACCUGGGAUCGGGCCGUACACAGCAGGAGCCGUGGCCUCCAUCGCCUUCGGGGAGUGCGAACCGUUGGUGGACGGAAACGUGAUCCGGGUGCUGGCGAGGCUGCGGGCAGUUGGCUCUGACCCCAAAAAUGCAGGCCUCAACAAGCUUUGCUGGGAUCUUGCCGGCAGUGUCGUCGACCCUGGAAGACCGGGCGAUUUCAAUCAGGCUUUGAUGGAGCUAGGCGCGACCGUCUGCGCGGUCAAGAAUCCCUCCUGCUCUGCCUGCCCUGUAAGGACGUCAUGCCUCGCCGAUAAGCUUACCUCCGCAGGAUCCAAAGGACCCAAACACGCGGCAUCUUUUACGAGGGGCACCGUUUUUGCGGUAGGCAGCAGCAGCAGCAGCAGCAGCAGCAGCAGCAGCAGCAGCAGCAGCAGCAGCAGCAGCAGCAGCAGCAGCAGUAGCAGGAUGGCCGAGCCUCCCCCCUCAUCCGUUGUCUCACGAGAGAACGGUGAGCUGGGCGCUUGCGGUUGCACUGUGUGCGAGGUUGGCGAGGAUGGGAUGGCGGUGGUACCAAUGGCCGUGACGGACUUCCCGCGGAAGGCUGCCAAGACGCUGGUGAAAGAUCAAGCGCUCUCGGUGUCUGUAGUUGAACGCGACGGACCAGCGGGCCCGCAGGUCCUACUCGUCAAACGUCCGGAAACGGGGUUGCUUGCCGGUCAGUGGGAGUGCCCCUGCGUUAUGCUUAGGGAUGGGUCGGAGCCAAGGAACUCUGAUGCCGGAAAUCGGGCAAGAGGGACUGUUGAUCCUUCGCCCGAUGUGCCGGAGAAGGAAAGGUUGCGAUUGGUGGACGCCUUCCUGUUUUGUGAUCUGGGCAUCUCCGAGACCCUCGUUCGAAGCAGAGCGAGCGUAGGCACCGCAACGCACGUGUUUUCUCACUUGAGGCACACCAUGCAGGUGGAACGCAUAGAGAUCGCGAGUGAACCUGGCAUGGAUGACAAAGUUGGCACAACCAACUCUCGGGAGAAUCGCUGGGUGGAUGUUUCCGACAUGGGCGGGGUGGGCAUCACCACCGGCAUGAAGAAGGUGCUAGCUCUUGCUAGCAAAGCACGUGCCAGCAGCAGCAGAAGCAGCAGCGGUGCCAAGAAGGGGACGAAAAGGGACGCGAAGAGAAAAAUCGACGAGGAACCCAACGAGAGAACCACGAAGCAAACCAAGGGUGCUAUAAAAUGAUCCACGCAAGCUGUUGGUUCAUGUCCCCGCCCCCGUCCGCUCCCUGCUGUUGCCGAGGUGCCCUAGUAUUCCCAAUAUUUAGCACCAUGGAAUCACGAGAGGCAAUGGUAGGAGCAUUCGGCAUUCGUAAGCUGGCGAUGGAGGCGGCGAGGAAGGGGUGCGUUCGGCUGCUAUAUUUCGGCCUAGUUGCGGGAAGACGGGGGAAAUGGCUGACGUAUCACACGAGAGCAACGUAUCGCUGGAGUAUAUCCCUUCAAUGGUGUCCAUCGACGUUGUCACCCAGGGCCUAGGUUCCAGUCGUUAGGUUGUCAAUUCGAAUCUUGGCGAGUUGUGUUCCCCGGGUUAGCCCUUGAAAAGGAUUGAAGGAACUGAUGUGCCACACCGAAACCUUCUCGGACAACCGAGAGCAAGCAUGGUUGAGGACGUUUCUGUGUGACCGUCACCCAGAUCGGAGCUCUUCUCUUAUCGAGGCAAGGCCGUACAGUAAAUGUUGAACGCUCGAGUGACGGUUACCUGAAGGGAUGGCGAAAGCGUACACAUCCAAGAUUAUGUGAGGAC